AUGGAAGUUGAAGGAGGAGUAUUCAGAAGGGGAAGCAGAGUUUCUUCAUACGAGAAACUCGCCGCCAUAGGGUUGGUUGUGCUAGCAGUGGCUUCUCCUCUUUACAUAGACAGCAAGCCGGAGAGCGAAUCGGAAGAAGAUGAACCAAUAAACUUUGCUUUUUGGUUGCCUGUGUUGCUCUUUCUGUUGAUGUUAGCCAUUGCUUUAUCCACUCUCCUCGAUCAGAGCUUCACAAGGUUUGAUCGUAACUGGAUUCACAGAGUUGGUGGCUCUUCUGGUGGUAUUAUUCUCAUUCUCACUAUCCUUUUUCUUGUUUUGAAGUUUAAGUCUUCUGUGUAA